GAUCUUUUUUUAUUUUCUUCAGUUGUCACGAACUUUGGGCAGCGCUGCAAGUCUCUGCGAUUCACCAUUUCAGCAUCUGAAUAAAUAAAUACUAUUAACACAAUGGGUAUGCGGAUUGACAUCAAGCGUAAAUUGCUGUCUCGCUCCGAACGAGUGAAAAGCGUCGAUUUGCAUCCUACCGAACCUUGGGUUCUUGCCAGUUUAUACAGUGGCCACGUUUACAUAUACAACUACGAAACCCAGGCCUUGGUGAAAACGUUUGAAGUGUCGGAGACACCUGUUCGAGCGGCCAAAUUUAUUGCGCGUAAGAAUUGGAUUGUUACCGGUUCCGACGAUUCCCAAAUCAGAGUUUUCAAUUACAAUACGCAUGAGAAGGUCGCUGCUUUUGAAGGCCAUCCUGAUUAUAUUCGUUGCCUGGCUGUCCAUCCUUCGCAACCGUUGGUCCUUUCGGGUUCCGAUGACAUGACCAUUCGAUUGUGGGAUUGGGAGAAGGGAUGGAAAUGCGUGCAGGUGUUCGAGGGUCAUUCGCACUUUGUCAUGCACCUUAGUUUCAACCCUAAAGAUUCCAAUACUUUUGCUUCGGCUGGUUUGGAUGGUGUUGUUAAAGUCUGGUCGCUUGGUUCCAGUGUGCCAAACUUUACAUUGGAAGGCCAUGAGAAUGGCGUGAAUUACGUCGAUUACUAUCACGGAGGUGAUAAACCUUACCUGAUUUCUUGCGCUGAUGACAAUCUCGUUAAAAUCUGGGAUUAUCAAAACAAGAACUGCGUACAGACUUUGGAAGGUCAUAAUCAGAACGUGAACUUUGCUUCCUUCCACCCAGAGUUGCCCAUUAUUGUGUCCGGUUCAGAGGAUGGCACAGUCCGUAUCUGGCAUUCAGAUACUUAUCGCUUGGAAAAUACCCUGAAUUACGGUCUGGAACGCGCCUGGUGUAUGGCGUAUCAGAAGGGCGGCAAUAAUGUAGCAUUCGGUUUUGACGAAGGUUCUGUCGUCAUCAAACUUGGAAGAGAGGAACCGGCGGUUUCCAUGGAUGCUUCAGGCAAGAUCAUUUGGGCUAAACACUCUGAAAUUCAAACGGCCAAUGUCAAGACCGGUGUUGAUGAGACUAUCAAGGAUGGUGAACGUCUUGCAUUGCCGAUCAAGGAUUUGGGAAGCUGUGAGGUGUAUCCUCAAACAUUGCAGCACUCCCCCAACGGUCGAUUUGUUGUUGUCUGUGGUGAUGGCGAGUAUAUCAUCUAUACGGCCUUAGCAUGGAGAAAUAAGAAUUUCGGAAGUGGUUAUGAGUUUGUUUGGGCUGCUGAUUCUAACAUGUAUGCCGUGCGCGAGUCAACCUCCAAAGUGAAAAUCUUCAAGAACUUUAAGGAACGUGUUGGUCUUUUGCCCAAGCUCAACUAUUCGGCUGAAGGCAUCUUUGGCGGAACGUUGCUCGGUGUACGAUCGACCAGCUUUUUAAAUUUCUAUGACUGGGAGACUGGCGCGGUUGUCCGACGUAUCGAUGUGGAAGCCAAAAAUAUUUUCUGGUCCGAUGCCGGAGACCUUGUCGCUAUUGUCUGCGAUGAAUCUUUCUAUGUUCUCCGUUACGACGCUCAGGCGUAUAUGCAAUUUUUGGAAAACGGCGGCGAUGUUGGAGAAGAAGGCGUUGAAGAAGCUUUUGAAUUCGUGACUGAAAUUGCGGAAACCGUUAAAACCGGAACGUGGGCAGGUGAUUGCUUCAUCUAUACCAACAACGGUAAUCGCAUGAACUACCUUGUUGGUAGCGAAACCUACACAAUCAGCCAUUUCGACAAGCAAAUGUAUCUCUUGGGAUACGCACCAAGAGACAACCGUGUCUAUUUAGCUGAUCGUGAUGUGAAUGUAUACAGCUACGCACUGUCUUUAACGGUCAUUCAAUAUCAGACAGCCAUAUUGCGUGGAGACAUUGAAGGAGCCAACAUGCUGCUUCCUUCGAUACCCAACGAUCAACGAGGAAGAAUUGCUCGCUUCCUUGAAUCCCAAAAUCUCAAAGAACUGGCCUUGGAAGUUUCGUACGAUUCAGAGCAAAAAUUCUAUUUGGCUAUUCAACUUGGAAAGCUCGAUAUUGCUACUGAAAUUGCUCGAGAAGUGAACAAUGAGCCCAAAUGGAGAGCAUUGGCCGACGUCGCCAUGGCUGCAUGGAAGUUCGAUUUGGCAGAAGAAUGUCUCAUAAAGGCGCAAGAUCUUAGUGGCUUAUUGUUAUACUAUACAGCCAACGGAAAUCGUAAAGGCAUGCGAGAAGUCGCCGAUCAAGCAGUUGAGCAAGGCAAAAACAAUAUCGCUUUCUCUGCAUUGUUUCAGUUGGGAGCUAUUGAUGAGGUGAUUGAUUUGCUUGUCAAAACCGAACGUAUUCCAGAAGCAGCUAUUUUAGCUCGAACAUACGCGCCGGAACAGAUGUCGAAAAUCGUGCAAUUAUGGAAGUCAGAUCUCGAAAGCCGAAACCGCAAGAAGACGGCCGAAAGUCUUGCGGAUCCAGCAGAAUAUGCAAAUCUAUUCGCUGAAUUGCAAAAGACACCAACGAAUGCGGUUGAGACUCCCGAGGAACCAGCAUUAAAGACUCCGGAACCGAGUUCACCAGCCGAAGAAAAUCUCAUUGACACUGAAGCUUAGUGACCCGAUCAUAAAAAUAAAAACUAUAUCAAGGAUCUUAUAUAAUUAAAAAUACGGAAUAUCUAAAGUCUUAGGCGCUUCUUUUUUUUUUUUUUGGUGGGUCUUUUGAAACUAUGGCGAAGCCGACGCAGCUUUCAGGCACGUAAUU